AUGUUGGCUACGGCUUUUCUUCUUGCUCAAUGCGCUACUUCCAUUGCGGCGGUCGAUUUCGGGUAUGGCAGACCGCUUGAAACUCUAGAACGUCACCAAGCAGCUCGAGCAUUGAAGUGUUUCUUCCUCGUCCAAAUAUUUUACAAGUUGACUAUCAACUGUACAAAGCUAUCCAUACUCUUCCUGUACCUUCGAAUAUUCAUCGAUCGUCUGUGGUUCGUACGUGGGUGCUGGUGCUUGAUUGUCUUGGUCCUUUGCGCUUGCAUCGGCUUCACGGCAUCAACACUGGUGCAGUGCAGUCCGAUAUCAAGUGCCUGGCAACCCUGGAGCACAGAAAGAAGUUGUGUGAACAUCUUUGGAUUGUGGUACAGUAACGCCAUCUACAAUAUCUUGACGGAUCUGAUCAUCGUCUUGAUGGUACCACCAGUGAUCUUCACCUUGAAGCUGCCAAUGCGACAGAAGCUAGCCCUGACUGGAAUCUUUGGAUUGGGUACCAUCGUGUGCGCAGCAUCAAUCUCACGACUUACAACACUUUACUCUUCGGCGUAUGGUACCGAUGCCACGGCAGGCUCUCUGAUAUCGACAAUAUGGACAACGAUUGAAGCUGGCCUGGGGAUCAUCUGUGCAAACCUACCAAUGUUAAGAACACCAAUCCAGCAUUUCUUCCCACGCCUCUUUCCUUCCACAUCUGGGACAAACCGACUAUCAAGCAGGGGUGUAUCUUUGCCAUGCAGAUCAAGUCACAGUACCACAAAUGUCUGCCAUUCUGAAGCACCUCAGACUACUGUCUAUCCAGCGGAGUUGGAAGGUGGAUCGAAGCCAGGAACCCACAUGUAUGAGACCUCCGCGACAGCUAACACCAUCAUUUAUCCGCGAGAUGAAGCGUUUUGGCGGCCAUGCCUUGAUACCCUACCUGAGAACAGGGACUUUGAAUUACAUACGGAGCCCAAUUUUCAGACGAUUGGAUUGAGCUCACAUCAUGAGCAAGUUCCUGAAGAGGAUUGGUACAAGUACCAGCAUAAAGUAUGGUAA